ACCCGAAUACUCCUCAUAUAUCAUUUGUUCUUGUUUAACAUUGAUGAACACAAGGAUAAAAUAAUGGAGGCACUACGAAUGGUGCUUUUGAACGUAGCCCUAUGGUGGAGGGGGAAGGAAGAAUCUCUGAUCCGCGAACAGCUGAGCACCAAAGUAUCGAACCAUAUCGAAUUGUGCGCGCCGUGCGACUUAUUCACGAAUUAUCUCUCAGUUUGGAAUCUUGUAGAAAACAUGUCGAAAUACAGGAUUGUUAUGGUUCGUCACGGCGAGAGCGAGUGGAAUAAAUUGAAUCUUUUUUGCGGCUGGUACGACUCCAAUCUAUCGGAUAAAGGAAAGAGCGAGGCUGUGUCUGCAGGAAAGGCUCUUAAAGAAGCAGGUUAUACAUUUGAUGUAGCUCACACAUCAGUGCUCACGAGAGCACAGGAGACGCUCAAAUCAAUUUUGAAAGAGAUUGGCCAGGAAGAUCUGCCUGUUCAGAAGACAUGGCGUUUGAACGAACGACACUAUGGUGGUCUUACCGGCAUGAACAAAGCAGAAACAGCUGCCAAAUAUGGAGAGGAACAGGUGCAAAUCUGGCGAAGAUCUUUUGAUGUACCACCCCCACCGAUGGAGUCUGAUCAUAAGUAUUACGAUACAAUAGUGAAAGAUCCACGUUACGCCGAUGGACCAAAGCCAGAAGAAUUUCCCAAAUUUGAAUCUCUUAAAUUGACCAUUGAGAGGACGUUACCUUACUGGAAUGAAACGAUUAUUCCGCAAUUGAAGGAGGGCAAGAAAAUCAUUAUAGCCGCCCAUGGGAAUAGCUUACGCGGCAUAGUGAAACAUUUGGACCAAAUGAGUAAUGAGCAGAUCAUGGGACUAAACCUGCCGACUGGUAUCCCGUUUGUGUAUGAAUUGGACGAAAACUUCAAACCUGUCGUUUCUAUGAAAUUCCUGGGUGAUGAAGAGACUGUUAAGGCAGCGAUGGCUGCAGUUGCCGCACAAGGAAAGGUCAAAUAAAUGAUGAUAAAAUUAAAAAACGUGUCAACUUGUGAAUAUAUUAUGUUAUAUGUCUGUUAAAAAUAUUUAUGAAACUUUAGCUUCGUUAUUUUAACAAAGAAUAUAGUUCAAGAAAGAAUGGCGAACAUGAUUUUUUUGAACAAAUUCCUUGUAUGAGUAAAAAAAUAAAAAAUAUAUAA